AUGCAAGAAGCAAUUCGAAAGCAGUAUGACACAAAAAUCAUGGCAAAAGAACAAGAAAUAUCGGAAAUUCGGACACUGGUGGAAAGUCUCAAAGCGAGGUUUGAAGACAAGUACGGAAAUGGAGAUAGCGCCCCACCCGAUUCCACCACAGCUGAUCAACGGGGCACUGACUUCAAUCCGCCCACUCCCUCACCCUAUAUGAAUCGCAAUCGAAGACCAUCCAGCGCACAAAUUCGUGAUCAAAACCAUCUGCAAGAAGUUCUGGCCAAGCUCGAAAGUCGAGAAGAAGAGCUGGGCAAACUCAAAAGACAACUUUUCGAACAAGAAGUUCAGAUCCUGGUGGAUCGGCGCGAACUUCUGAACCGCGAUGAAGAAAAACAACAACUGUACGCCCAACUAGAAAACUUACGGCUUUCAAAUAAAUCAUGGUUGGAUGAUGAUGAUGAUGAUGAUGAUGAUGAUGAUGAUGAUGAUGAUGAUGAUGAUGAUGAUGAUGAUGAUGAUGAUGAUGAUGGGGAGGGCCUACUGGCCGUGGAUGAUGAAUGCUAUCCUUCAACUACGAAGGGUUGCUUAAAUAAGUUGUUUGCAUGGCGUAUAAGCAAAGAUGUUCAGAAAUUACGUCAUGCUGUCAAAGAUGAUGAUGAUGAAGAUGAUGAUGAUGAAGAUGAUGAUGAUGAUGAUGAUGAUGAUGAUGAUGAUGGGGAGGGCCUACUGGCCGUGGAUGAUGAGUGA